UCUCCUUCCCCUGCUUUGUCUGCUUCUCUGUCAUAAAUAAUUGGUCCAUGUGUAUACCUACAAUGUACAUGUAAAUGCGGUUUUAUUUCCAGAGGAGUACAAAAAUAGGGAGAUGGUGCCCGAGAUUACCUGUGAAAGUAUUUCACUGUGUAGGGACGGUGACUGGAUGGCUUUCUGUUUUCGCUUGGCCCGGUAGAAGCCUUAGGCGCUUGUUAACAGUUUAUUUUUCUUGCUGUUGUGUGGCUGGUUAUUUAUGGAGCCGUUUGCUGCAAUGUACUGUCUAGGCCCCUGUCUCAGUCUCGGGCUGGAGUUUUAAAUAAAGGAGGUUUCCAAGCCUGCUGGGGGUGCAAUUAUAUGUUUAAGCUUCAGUUUGGUUUCUCGUCACAGAAAGGAGAAGAAUAAAAUUCUGGCACAUUUCUGCCUUGCGAUUUCCACGUGAGGGAGUUGCCUUGUUUGGAAAGAAUAUUUGAGGACGAUCCUAAAAAAUACUUACACUUUAAAAUUGCUUAUUGCAAAGUGAAAUUCAUUCUCCCUUCCUUCUUGAAACAGUUUUCUUUCACACUUGUGAGGAGAUGCAUGCACGCAUAUGUGUUUAAAACUCUAAUGCUUAAUUAUAGUAAUACCAAUUUGCAGUAACAGACUGUGACACCACAUCCCUGUGGGGUCCUUCUAAACCUAGUGUAAUAUGAAAGUGUCAGGCAGGCGGCCUGUGUAUUAUAAAUAGGGUACUUCAUCCAUGUAGAAUGGCGAUCAGUCCACGAAGCGAUGCAACUUUCUCCAGUCAGAAAUCAACACCUUCAGAGAGUCCUCGAACAAAGAAAUUUCCACUAACUGAAGAGGAAAUAUUUUAUAUGAAUUGUAGAGCUGCCUACUUAACUGUCUUCAAAAGCAGCUUGGAAAACAUUAUUUCUAAAGAUCAGCUUUACUUGGCUCUUCAGCAUGCAGGAAGAAAUCCAUCCCAAAAGACCAUUAAUAAGUAUUGGACUCCUCAAACUGCCAAACUGAAUUUUGAUGAUUUUUGUAUAAUUUUAAGGAAGGAAAAACCUACUUCAAAAGCAGAACUACUGAAAUCAUUUAAGCAAUUAGAUGUAAAUGAUGAUGGCUGUAUUUUACACACUGACCUUUAUAAAUUUCUAACGAAGAGAGGUGAGAAGAUGACUCGAGAAGAAGUAAAUGCCAUAAUAAAUUUGACUGAUGUAAAUGCUGAUGGCAAAUUUGACUACAUCAAGUUUUGUAAAUUAUAUAUGACAACCAACGAGCAAUGUCUCAAGACUACACUAGAAAAACUAGAGGUUGAUAGUAAAAUGAGGCGUCACCAGUUUGGAAACCACAUUGAAGGGUCCCCUGAAAGGGACCCAUCACCAGUACCAAAACCAUCACCUAAAAUCAUAAGAAAAACCGAUCAGGAAACAUUCUCAAAUAAAGGGGACACCAGGAGUUCUUUACUGUCAGCACCCAGGAAGUUCAAAACAUCUGUUUCCUUCACAAUUACCAUGGGGGCUAAUGGUAACCAAAACUCAAAGUUAACUGAGCCAAAUUUAAUAAAGGACUGGCAAUACAUGCAAUCAAAAGGUUGCUUCUUCUUAGAAGAAGAUGGUGAAAUCAUUAGUCAUCAGUACAGGAUGCAAAUAACUCAGAGGUCCAUGGUUUAUCUAACAAUUAAGCCAUUAAAUCUGAGUCAAGUUGAAGGAAAACCAUCCCCUUGGUUAUCCGUUGAUACUGCCUUGUAUAUUCUUAAGGAAAAUGAGAGUCAAGCAAAUCUACAGCUUGUGUGUUUUACCGAACUACGAAAUAGAGAAGUGUUUGGAUGGACUGGUGAACUAGGACCUGGAAUUUACUGGUUAAUUCCUUCCACAACUGGCUGUAGGCUGAGGAAAAAAAUAAAACCAGUAACAGAUGAAGCCCAACUUGUAUACAGAGAUGAAACAGGGAAAUUAUUCCUUACAAAGGAAUUUAAGUCUACUUUAUCAGAUAUAUUUGAAGUAAUUGAUUUAGAUGGAAAUGGUCUUCUUAGCCUUGAAGAAUAUAAUUUUUUCGAAUUAAGAACAAGUGGUGAGAAAUGUGAUGAAGAUGCUUGGGCUGUCUGCAGAGAGAAUUUUGAUACAAAGAGGAAUGAACUAACAAGACAAGGAUUUAUGGAUUUGAAUCUAAUGGAAGCUAAUGAUCGAGAAGGAGACCCUUGUGACCUUUGGGUAACUCUACACUCUAUGGGCUACAAUAAAGCUCUGGAGUUGACAGAGGCAUGUCCAUUUGUCAUUGAUAUCUAUGCAGAAAAAUGCAAGCCAAAAAUUAAAGCUGUCCAUAUGGAGGCAUGCAGUGGACAACUUGAGAAGGCCAUUUGUAAAUCUGUUCUUAGCAACGGUGAUGCCAAAGUAAUGGAUGGCUAUGAAAAUAUAAUCGUGCAUACUUACAGUUGUGACACCUGGAUAACGUCAGUUAUUGAAAACAAGUCAGAUGAGAAAGUGAUUAUUCACAUCAACAAUGAGCUAAGUAAAAACUGUGUAAACAACAGAGGACUCAACAUAUUUGCGGUAGAAGUGGGACCCAAAUCUACAAUGGUUUGUCAACAUGUAAUGCCUCUGAAUGAACGACAAGAAUGGAUAUAUUAUUGUAUAUAUUCUCUUAUUUCUUAAAUAAUUAUACUUAGAACUUACCAAACUAAGAAUUAUUUCAGAUUUAAUCUGUUAUUUAUUAAACAACUAAAUGCUACUUAAUUUAACUGAUGUACCUAAAUAAUAAUCUAUUCAAUUUAUAUGCAUUUUCAUUUUAUGUCAAUGCUAUGUACCUUAUUAUUAAAAUAUACGUAAUGCUUUCA